CGUAAGAAAAAGACUUAAUCUCCACCGUCCAAUUCUAUCCUCUUUCAACGGUCUCUGAUUUACCAUCUCUCUCUCUCUUUUUCGCGUCUCAUAAUUUGACCAUUGAUUGACAAAACAAAACAAUGAGUCUUCUUUCUCUUCUCACUCUUCUUGUCGGAAAUUCACCUUCUCUCUCUCUCCUCCUCAUCUCACCGCCGGCGUUACGCCGGAUCUCCGGUGACUUUUGUUGAGCUUUUUUGUUGAUUCAUGAUUCGAUAUAGAGAAAAAAGAAUUUCCUAUUUCAGCUCUUUGUUCUUAGAUUUAUCUUUUUGUUUGUUCUUAUGGAUAAAGGAUUAGGUUGGGGGAUUAAAAGAGUAGUUUUUGUUUGGUUGUGAGAUUACUUGACUUUGUUAAGGGGAUAAAUUAGGCGACUUUGUAGGGACACUGUACCGAAAAACCCUAGUUCUGAUUUGGCCAUGGAAGUAUCAUAGCACUUACUAUUGUCGGCUUUACUUCUUCUACUUUUGUAUAAUCCUUUUUUUUCUUAGGUUCUGUGAUUAGAUAUUUUUUUUGUGUGGGUUUAGUUGUUAAUCUGAUCAUGGAUUUGAACGGUGAGUGUAAAGGAGGAGAUGGGUUUAUUGAUAGAAGCAGAGUCAGGAUUUUGCUUUGUGACAAUGAUUCCACGAGUUUGGGAGAGGUUUUUACUCUCCUUUCAGAGUGUUCUUAUCAAGUGACUGCAGUGAAAUCAGCAAGGCAGGUGAUUGAUGCACUUAAUGCAGAGGGACCUGAUAUCGAUAUAAUACUGGCGGAAAUUGAUCUCCCAAUGGCUAAGGGUAUGAAGAUGCUGAGGUACAUCACACGAGACAAAGAUCUUCGCAGAAUCCCUGUGAUAAUGAUGUCGAGGCAAGACGAAGUCCCUGUCGUUGUAAAGUGCUUGAAGCUAGGUGCAGCUGACUACCUUGUGAAGCCUCUUCGCACCAACGAGCUUCUGAACUUGUGGACACACAUGUGGAGAAGAAGACGCAUGCUAGGACUUGCUGAGAAGAAUAUGUUGAGCUAUGAUUUUGAUCUUGUGGGAUCUGAUCAAAGUGAUCCAAACACAAAUAGUACCAACCUGUUCUCUGACGACACAGAUGAUAGAAGUCUUAGGUCCACCAACCCACAGAGAGGAAAUUUAAGUCACCAGGAAAAUGAGUGGUCUGUUGCUACUGCUCCUGUUCAUGCUCGUGAUGGUGGUCUUGGUGCUGAUGGAACAGCCACUUCUUCUCUUGCUGUUACUGCUAUAGAGCCUCCAUUGGAUCAUCUUGCUGGGUCUCACCAUGAGCCAAUGAAAAGAAAUAGUAAUCCAGCGCAAUUUUCUUCAGCACCGAAGAAAAGUAGAUUGAAGAUCGGAGAGUCCUCUGCUUUCUUUACAUAUGUCAAAUCUACUGUCCUUAGAACUAACGGUCAGGAUCCUCCUCUUGUCGAUGGAAAUGGCUCACUUCAUCUUCAUCGGGGUUUGGCGGAGAAGUUUCAAGUGGUGGCUAGUGAAGGGAUCAACAACACCAAACAAGCACGCAGAGCAACACCAAAAUCUACUGUCCUUAGAACUAACGGUCAGGAUCCUCCUCUUGUCAAUGGAAAUGGCUCACAUCAUCUUCAUCGGGGUGCGGCGGAAAAGUUUCAAGUGGUGGCUAGUGAAGGGAUCAACAACACCAAACAAGCACACAGAAGUAGAGGGACCGAGCAAUACCAUUCUCAAGGAGAGACCUUGCAGAAUGGCGCCAGCUAUCCACAUUCCCUUGAGCGGUCACGCACGCUUCCCACAUCAAUGGAAUCUCAUGGUAGGAACUACCAAGAGGGCAAUAUGAAUAUUCCCCAAGUUGCUAUGAACAGAAGUAAAGAUUCGUCUCAAGUUGAUGGAUCGGGUUUCUCUGCACCAAAUGCCUAUCCUUACUAUAUGCAUGGGGUCAUGAACCAAGUUAUGAUGCAAUCAGCAGCCAUGAUGCCUCAAUAUGGUCAUCAAAUUCCUCAUUGCCAACCAAAUCAUCCGAAUGGAAUGACGGGAUAUCCUUACUACCACCACCCAAUGAACACAUCUUUGCAGCAUAGUCAGAUGUCUUUACAGAAUGGUCAGAUGUCUAUGGUUCAUCAUUCUUGGUCACCGGCAGGAAAUCCGCCUUCUAAUGAGGUGAGGGUAAAUAAACUUGACAGAAGAGAGGAAGCUCUGCUGAAAUUCAGACGUAAAAGGAACCAACGUUGUUUUGAUAAGAAGAUUAGGUAUGUGAAUAGGAAACGCCUUGCUGAGAGGAGACCCCGCGUUAAGGGUCAGUUUGUUAGGAAGAUGAACGGCGUGAAUGUUGAUUUAAAUGGACAGCCUGACUCUGCUGACUAUGAUGACGAGGAAGAGGAGGAAGAAGAAGAAGAAGAGGAGAACCGGGAUUCAUCUCCUCAGGAUGAUGCUUUGGGAACUUGAAGAUACACCAAGAACUGAAAACCGUUGUGUUAUACGUAUUUGCUUGCAUCUUAUCAAACAACAGAAGAUGUUGAUCGACUGACACGAAAAAGAUGAUACUGCUACAGCCAAAAAAACAUCGAAUAUCGAGUUGUCUCUAAGGCAAUGUUGGCUCUUGCGGCUCAACUUUUUGACAGAGCAUUGAAAAGCUCUCAUUGGGUUUAGCUUAGUUCGUUGAUAAACAUAUAAUGUAUUUUAUCAUGUUCACUCACAUUCUCUCAGUAAGUACUCAGAUGUAUUAACCUUUCUUCUCCUUCCAGUAUCAUUUACUUGAAUCUUGUUUUUCCCUCGCUCUCUCACCUGUGUUUACAUAUAUAAUUAUAUAUAAUCGCUCC